CACAUAAUCAGAUGUCAGCAGUGACCAACAGCACUAGCACUACCUUCAAUGUAAAAAUGUGCCUGUUUGCAGUCACUUCUACCACCAGCAGCAGCAGCGGAGCCUGAGCUGCAAGGAAAACAGUGCUCACAAUCAAAGGUGUUUGUUUCCAAUACUCUGUCAAACCAUGGUGGACUACUAUGAAGUUCUAGGGGUGCAGAGAUACGCUUCACCAGAGGACAUAAAAAGAGCUUACCGAAAAGUGGCACUUAAAUGGCAUCCUGAUAAAAAUCCAGAGAAUAAAGAGGAAGCAGAGCGAAAAUUCAAAGAAGUCGCCGAGGCAUAUGAAGUAUUAUCAAAUAGUGAAAAACGGAACGUUUAUGAUAAAUAUGGCAAGGAGGGAUUAAACGGCGGAGGUGGAAGUCAUCUUGAUGACGAAUGUGAGUAUGGUUUCACAUUCCGUAAGGCAGAUGAUGUCUUUAAAGAAAUUUUUGGUGAAAGGGACCCAUUUUCAUUUCACUUCUUUGAAGACUCACUGGAGGACCUUUUGAGCAGUUCAAGAAGCUCCAACAGAAGCAGCAGCAGCAGAGGCACAGGAUCCCUUUUCUCCCAUUCCUGUGACCACCCAGUGUUUACCGGGCUUUCUCCGUACGACACAGGCUAUAUGUCUUACGUUUCACUGGGGCAUGAGGGCCUUACUUCAUUCUCUUCCCUGGCAUUUGACGAUACCGAGAUGGGCAAUUAUAUACCUAUUACCCCUUCAGGCAAAACUGUUAAUGGAAGAAGAAUCAACUCAAAGAAAAUUUUUGAGUACCAUCAAGAUAUAGAAGCUGAAGAUGAUGAGUUGAAAUCCUUUCUUGUCAACAGUGAGGCAGAAGAAGAGGGCUUUGCAGAAAAAUGGAACUGGAGAAGACAGUCAUUGAACAAUUAUUUACCAAAUUCCCACAGCCCCCCAAAUAUAUCUCCAUAUACUCUCGUGGACAACAAUGAACAAGGUACACCUUGGGUCACCAGCAAGAAGGAUCCUUCCAUUUUCUCAGCAGGAUUCAAAGAAGGUGGUAGGAGGAAAAAAAAGCACAAAGAGGGGCAGAAGAAGAGGUCAAAUAAAAGGAAUCGCUAAUUCA